AUGUACGAUGACAAUGACGACAACGACGACGACAGCGACGGCCCCAACCACAUUCAGGAAUAUUACGAUGGCUUCGAUCAGUACCCUCCAGAGACAAGGUCCAUGCUACAAGUUGCCAUCAGCAUCAAGCGCACACGCGCCGGCGAUAUCUUUCACAUGCUUGUCACCGCCGGCCCUCUCAUGGGUCUUCGACUCUUCGUCAUCAACCGACCAUCAUGUGUCGGACCGACUCUUGGCAUGCUGAUGACAAAGUUCGCCGAUCAACACGUCGGCUCAAGUACCCCGGAUUGCCCAGAGAGAUUUCUCACCUCGCCUUUCUAUGCACCGGUCAUCUCCCCCCGCAUCGAAGCGCUCCAUACCCAAACGACUCCACCAUUCACUAGGGAUCCAACCCGUCGGUACGGGCUGACCCAACCAACCAUUUACACGGCCCUCGGUGGAAACAAAAAUUUCAUGACUUGGCAACACGCCAUGCUGUACUACAUCCUCUAUCAAAACGUCGACCAUCACCUCGACGGGUUGAUCCCCAGCCCUACCGACAUCCCUCAAGAGCAGAUACCGGAAAACAUGAUGCAGAUGGAUGCGUACCUUGCCGGAAGACAUUACAUCCCGCCGUCGGACAUUCCAGAAGCAAUCACCAACGCCCUGGACACCAGAGAGAUCAACCCCGAGGAAGAAGGAGUGUCUUGCAUUAUCUGCAUGGAGAAUGUCGAGGAAGGCGAGGAGGGAGCACAGAUCAGAAUCUGCUCUCACGAUUCCUUCCACAAGGGCUGUCUCACCACCUGGUUGAGGAUGAGGAACACGUGUCCCUAUUGCAGAGCGAGGGUUUAUAAGAGAUCUGAUUUGGUUGACAGUAUGGCAUGGCUGGGAAGAGCUCCCGCACGGUUGGGGUUUAUUGAUUGGCAGCGGUUCCACCCUGGAGAGAUUCCUUGGUUUGCUUCCCCCGCGCCACCCGAGGCUCCUGCUCCAUCAGGUGAAGAAGGAGUCAGGCUUGGAGAACCAUUGUAA